AUGUCGGCCAUGCAAAAGAUUCUCAAGAAGAUUGUCCACAAUGAUGCCAUGGAGUCGGAUCCCGCCGAGAUUUACGGCUGGAGAGUUUUUGCCCUCGCCGCCUCGGCCUGUUUCGGUGCCAUGUCCUUUGGCUGGGACAGUUCAGUCAUCGGUGGCGUCGUUGUCAUGAAACCCUUCCAAGAUGACUACGGUCUUUCUGAUAACACCGCCAAUGUCGACUCCGCAAACCUGGUGGGCAACAUCGUGUCCACGCUCCAGGCUGGUUGUUUCGUCGGCGCCCUGGCCGCCUCCCCGUUGACCGAUAGAUACGGCCGCAAGUGGUGCCUCAUUGGUAUCGCUGUCGUUAUCCUCGUCGGUGUCGUCCUCCAGGCCGUCUCUCUCGGAAAGCUCGCUCCCAUCUUCGUCGGUCGCUUCAUCGCCGGUCUCGGUGUCGGUGCCGCCUCCAGUAUCAACCCUCUCUACGUCUCCGAAAACGCGCCCCGUGCCAUCCGUGGUCUCCUGACCGGUCUCUACCAGCUCUUCAUUGUGACGGGUGGUAUGAUUGCCUUCUGGAUCAACUACGCCUCCGACCUCCACUUUAGCGGCAAGCUCAAGUACAUCUUCCCUCUCGCCAUCCAGGGCCUGCCCAGUCUCCUGCUUCUCAUCUGCAUGCUCUUCUGCAACGAGUCUCCUCGAUGGAUGGCCCGUCAAGACAAGUGGGAGGAGGCCAAGAGGAUUCUUUCUGUCCUCCGCAACCUGCCAGAGAACCAUCCCUACCUCGAGGACGAGUUCCAGGAGAUUGUCGACCAGAUUAACAACGAGAGACAGCUCAUGGGCGACGCCACCUUCCUCAAGAUGCAGAAGGAGAUGUGGACCGUCAAGGGCAACCGCAACCGUGCUCUCAUCUCCAUCUUCCUCAUGAUUUGCCAGCAGAUGACGGGAACCAACGCCAUCAACACGUACGCCCCGACCAUCUUCAAAAACCUUGGUAUCCAGGGCCGCUCCACCGGUCUCUUCAGCACCGGUAUCUACGGCAUUGUCAAGGUGCUUGCUUGCAUUUGCUUCCUGCUCUUCAUGGCCGACUCCCUCGGCCGUCGCCGUUCGCUUCUCUGGACCUCCAUCGCCCAGGGUUGCUGCAUGUUUUACAUUGGACUGUACGUCCGCAUCUCCCCGCCUAUCCCUAACGAGCCUGUCCCGGGUGCCGGAUACAUGGCACUGGUCUCCAUCUUCCUCUUCGCCGCCUUCUUUCAGUUCGGCUGGGGCCCGGCUUGCUGGAUUUACGCCUCCGAGAUCCCGACCGCCCGUCUCCGUUCGCUCAACGUCAGUCUUGCUGCCGCCACCCAGUGGCUCUUCAACCUCAUCGUCGCCCGUACCGUCCCCAACAUGUUGGCCACCGUCGGUGCUCACGGUUAUGGAACCUACCUCAUCUUCGGAAGCUUCUGCUUCUCCAUGUUCGUUUUCGUCUGGUUCUUCGUCCCCGAGACCAAGGGUGUCUCCCUGGAGCACAUGGACGCACUCUUUGGUGCCACUGAGUACGGCUCGGAGAAGCACCUCGCCGGUGACAACGUCAGCGAGACCAAGACCCCGGCCGAGGUCCAGGUCGAGUCCAUCAACCCCUCCAACGCCUACGUCCGCAAAGAGGGCGCUUAG